AUGAACAGUGAGCAGAAACAAAUAAGAACCAACUAUCUCUUUAUGAAGAAAUGUGUUGAAAGUAACCCAGUGGUGCCCAUUCAGCAAGAGUGGUUAAUUUCCAUGCUCACUUUGGUACCUCAGAAUCUAAUGGAAGGCAAAGAGAGAGAGAAACUGGUGGAAGAGCUUUUAACUGAGGUAACAAAUGAUUAUGAAAUGAGCAUGAAGAGAUAUAUGGUGCGAAGUGUUCUUGUCAAGCCUGAUGUAAAAUUGCUUGAGUAUGAGAAAGAGGGACCUUUGCCAGUAGAACCUGUAGGAUUAGACUUUUCCAGGCCUUGGCAUAAAAGCUUUGUACAAGCAAGAAAACAGAUUUUUGAAAAUUUACAUAUUCUCCAUCCAACUCUAAGAAUUUUACUUGAUAUCGGUUACAAAACCUUCUCCAAGUUACUUAUAGUAGAUUUGUCAAGUUUCAGGUCAAGAGGCCCACUUGAAUGUGAAACACUUCAGAAUGAUGUGUCUAUAAGCUGCUUAAAAACUGAAGAAACAAUAUUAAACACAUGGUAUCCAAGGGUUAUCAAUCUUUUCACCAGAAAAGAGGCACUGGAGGGUGUAAAGCCCGACAAAGUUGAUUCUUUCUACAAUUGUGUGGCUACACUUAUGUCUAACCAGCUCAAGGAAUUAUUGAAAAGAACAGUUGAAGCAUAUGUAAAACUAUUUGAUUUUGAUGACCAAAGAUGGCUGCCUUUGUUUAAGAUGGAGUUGACUUUUGAUGAUGAGAAAAUGGACUUUUAUCCAAACUUUCAAGAUCUGGAGGAUGCUAUUUUGUUGAUAGUCAUUUUGCUUUCACAAACUCUGCAGAAUGUCCAGACAAUACAUUCUUGGUUAGGAGGUGCAAGCACUGUUACACAUAUCGACACUGAACUUCCUGAGCAUGUGAUAUCAUGGGCAUCAUCAGUACUGAGGACAGCAAUUCAUGAGAAUCUGAAAGGUGCAAAAGCACAUUUUGAUUCUUAUGUGGAGCGUUAUGGCUGGCUAGUAGAUGGUGCUGCAGAUGACCGUAUUAAAAAAUUUAUUGCUGAGGAACAUAGUUUCGAUGAAUAUACCGAGUUUAUAGAUGAAUUUUUGAACCUUUCAAAGGAAAUAAUGAGCUUGCCCAUGGUAGCUCAUUUCCCAAUGGUGCGUUUAGACUGUGAAGAUUUGAAGCAAGGUUUGGGUGAAAAAGCAAAAAGAUUUGCAAAUAAAUUAUUGAAUGUAAUAGUAUUUAAUCACACGGAAGAAAAUAAAAAGAUUUGCAAUGAAUUUGAAACCAUUAAAGAACGUGCCUUAAAAAUUCCUGAAACAACAGAAGAAAUGAUGGAAAGUAUAGUCUACAUAGAUAAGGCUAAAACUAUAGGCAUCCAGAAGCUGUAUGAAAGGAUUAAGGAAUGCCAGCAGAGAAUGAAUUACCUUCUAGAUGUUUAUUUAUUUGACUCAGAAGACUUGGCGCUGAAUGCAACUGUUCUGUUAUGGCCUCAGAAUAUUAAUCCUAUCUUUGAUGAAAAUGAUGAGAUUAUUGAAAUGUCUAAACGUAAAGGGGAAAAUGACUUAUUGGCCAAACGUGAGAAACUGAUACUGGAAAUAGAAAGACAAACUCGCCGUAUGUUUGAAUUCACAGAAUAUUCUGAUUUGGAUCGAAUGCAACAGUAUGUAACUGACAUGAGAGCACUACAGAAGCGCAUACAAGAUGCUGAUGAGGCUGUUGCCUUUAUAAAUAAAGAAGAGAAACUUUUAAAUUGGGAACUGACUGAAUACCCAGAUUUGGAGACUUUAAAAGUUAACAUUGAGCCCUACCAAAAACUUUUUGUUUUUAUAUUAAAAUGGCAGCGGACUGAAAAAAGAUGGAUGGAUGGUGCUUUCUUAGACCUCAAUGGGGAAAGGAUGGAAACUGAGGUGGAUGAGUUUUUUCGAGAAAUUUAUAAGACUCUAAGGUUCUUUCAACAAAAGCUAAAGAAAGCUGAAAUAGAAAAAAAAAAGUCAGUGCGCAGAGCAGUAGUAGAAGAGAGGGUAGAUGAAGAAAAAAAGGAUAGUCCAACUAUUUCAAUGUGUUCCGCAGUAAUGGAGCAGAUUAAAGAUUUCAAGGAAAAUAUCCCUUUGGUGACUAUCCUUUGUAAUCCAGGCAUAAGGGCCCGUCAUUGGAAACAGAUGUCAGAAAUCGUUGGAUAUGAUUUAACUCCAGAUUCUGGAAGUACCCUAAGGAAAGUUUUAAAGCAGAACCUAAACCCUUAUCUAGAACAAUUUGAAACCAUAAGUAUGGGAGCAAGCAAGGAAUUCUCAUUAGAGAAGGCAAUGCAUACAAUGAUGGAGACCUGGGAUACAGUUUCUUUUCAAAUAAGCUUGUAUCGUGAAACUGGUGUUAGUAUUUUGUCUGCAGUUGAUGAAAUUCAAACUAUUCUGGAUGACCAGAUUGUAAAAACACAAACAAUGAGGGGAUCACCUUUCAUCAAGCCAUUUGAAAAACAAAUCAAGGAAUGGGAAGAUCGCUUGAUUAGAAUUCAGGAGACCAUUGAUGAGUGGUUGAAAGUACAGGCUCAGUGGCUUUACUUAGAACCAAUCUUUUCUUCAGAGGACAUUAUGCAACAGAUGCCAGAGGAAGGACGUCAGUUCCAGACUGUGGACAGAUAUUGGAGAGAUAUUAUGAAAUACUGUGCUAAAGACCCCAAGGUUCUUGCUGCUACUUCGUUGACAGGUUUGUUGGAAAAGCUUCAGAACUGUAAUGAACUUCUGGACAAAAUAAUGAAAGGAUUGAAUGCUUAUCUUGAGAAGAAGCGACUCUUCUUUCCUCGCUUUUUCUUCUUGUCUAAUGAUGAAAUGUUGGAGAUCCUAUCAGAGACAAAAGAUCCUCUCAGAGUCCAGCCUCAUCUGAAAAAGUGUUUUGAAGGCAUUGCUAAACUGGAAUUUCUUUCUAAUCUGGACAUUAAGUCAAUGUACAGCACUGAAGGUGAACGUGUACAGUUUAUUUCAACCAUUUCGACUUCGGAAGCUCGGGGUGCUGUGGAAAAGUGGUUAAUACAAGUGGAAGAUAUCAUGCUGAGGAGUAUACAGGAUGUUAUCACAAGGUCAAGAUUGGCAUAUCCAGAGAGAGAGAGAAAAGACUGGGUGAGAGAAUGGCCUGGUCAAGUUGUUUUGUGUGUCUCACAAAUGUUCUGGACAAGUGAAGUACAUGAAGCCAUAGCAAGUGGCCCACAGGGCUUACAGAAAUAUUACAAUACCCUUCAGCUUCAGUUAAAUGAUAUUGUAGAGCUGGUAAGAGGGAAAUUGUCUAAGCAAACAAGAACUACAUUGGGUGCCUUAGUCACUAUUGAUGUGCAUGCUAGAGAUGUAGUCAUGGAAAUGAUUGAAUGUGAUGUGCAGCAUGAAACAGAUUUUCAGUGGCUUGCCCAGUUGCGUUAUUACUGGGAAUAUGAGAAUGUUCGGGUGCGCAUCAUCAAUUGUAAUGUAAAAUAUGCUUAUGAAUAUCUUGGCAACUCUCCUCGACUUGUCAUUACUCCUCUUACAGAUAGGUGUUACCGCACUCUGAUUGGAGCAUUUUAUCUAAAUCUUGGAGGUGCUCCAGAGGGCCCAGCUGGGACAGGAAAGACAGAAACCACCAAAGAUUUGGCUAAAGCUCUUGCUGUGCAGUGUGUUGUUUUCAACUGUUCUGAUGGCCUUGAUUACCUAGCCAUGGGGAAGUUUUUCAAGGGCUUGGCUUCUUCAGGUGCUUGGGCCUGCUUUGAUGAAUUCAAUCGAAUUGAACUGGAAGUGCUCUCUGUGGUGGCUCAGCAGAUACUUUGUAUCCAGAGAGCUAUACAGAUGAAGCUGGAGAUAUUUAAUUUUGAAGGGACUGAACUGAAGCUUAACCCUAACUGUUUUGUUGCCAUUACCAUGAAUCCAGGCUAUGCAGGUCGCUCUGAACUACCAGACAAUCUCAAGGUACUUUUUCGAACAGUGGCUAUGAUGGUUCCUAACUAUGCUCUCAUUGCUGAAAUCUCUCUCUACUCCUAUGGGUUCCUGAAUGCUAAGCCAUUAUCAAUUAAAAUAGUUAUGACCUACAGACUGUGUUCAGAACAGCUUUCAUCUCAGUUCCACUAUGAUUAUGGCAUGCGUGCAGUCAAAGCUGUACUAAUAGCUGCUGGUAACCUAAAACUGAAAUUUCCAACAGAGAAUGAAGAUAUACUGCUGCUUCGUUCAAUCAAAGAUGUAAAUGAACCUAAAUUUUUGUCACAUGAUAUACCUCUGUUUUUGGGCAUUACAAGUGAUUUAUUUCCUGGUAUUAAACUCCCUCAAGCUGACUACAAUGAUUUUCUGGAAUGUGCAAAUGAAUGCUGUAAAACACACAAUGUUCAGCCUGUUAAAGUUUUUCUAGAAAAGAUGAUACAGACCUAUGAAAUGAUGAUAGUUCGACAUGGUUUUAUGCUUGUAGGAGAACCUUUUGCUGGGAAGACCAAAGUGUUGCAUGUGUUGGCAGAUACACUUACCCUUAUGAAUCAGCGUAGUUAUGGAGAAGAAGAACGAGUCAUACACAGAACUGUAAAUCCAAAAGCUAUAACCAUGGGACAGCUUUUUGGACGAUUUGAUCCAGUAUCUCAUGAGUGGACAGAUGGCAUAGUUGCCAACACUUUUCGAGAAUUUGCUUUAACUGAGACACCUGACCGCAAAUGGGUUGUUUUUGAUGGUCCUAUUGAUACCCUUUGGAUAGAAAGCAUGAACACUGUGUUAGAUGACAACAAAAAGCUUUGUUUGAUGAGUGGAGAAAUCAUCCAAAUGUCAGCUCAGAUGAGCCUUAUCUUUGAAGCUAUGGAUCUGUCUCAGGCUUCACCUGCCACAGUCAGUCGUUGUGGAAUGAUUUACUUGGAACCUUUACAAUUGGGCUGGAUGCCGCUUGUAACUUCCUGGUUGAACACACUUCCUGAACCUUUAGAUCAAAAGGAGUAUCAAGACCUUUUCCAAGACCUUUUUAACUGGUUUAUACCACCUGCAUUACGACUUCGUCGGAAAAAAUGCAAGGAGUUAGUUCCUACUAGCAAUAGCAAUAAUAUAGUAUCGCUAACUCGACUUUUGGAAAUACUGCUUUGUGACACUGUGCAAAAGGAUCCUAGUAACAAAAACAUCAACAAGUGGAUUAUGGGUUGUUUUGCAUUCUCCCUGGUUUGGUCCAUUGGUGGAACCUGUGAUAGUGAUGGCCGAGUUCUAUUUGAUAGCUUUAUGAGAGAUAUUGUAACAGGAAAGCUAGAUGAACAUCCAGUGCCAGCAUCUGUGGGCAAAUGGGACCAUCCUUUUGAAGAGAAAGGCUUGGUGUAUGAUUACAUGUUUGAGCUCAAAGGAAAGGGUCGAUGGGCACACUGGAACGAAGCUAUUAAAACUGCCAAUUUUGAUAAAACUGUUAAGAUUCAAGACAUUAUAGUUCCAACAAUGGACACAGUCAGAUAUACCUAUUUAAUGGAUUUGUGCAUCAGAUAUGGAAAACCACUGCUUUUUGUGGGACCAACAGGUACUGGAAAAUCUGUAUAUGUGAAAGACAAGCUAAUGAACCAUUUGGAAAAGGAACACUACUUCCCUUUCUUUGUUAAUUUUUCGGCUCGAACAAGUGCCAAUCAGACUCAGAACAUUAUUAUGGCCAGGCUGGACAAAAGACGGAAAGGAAUAUUUGGCCCACCAAUGGGAAAGAAGUGCAUUAUCUUUGUAGAUGAUAUGAACAUGCCUGCAUUGGAACAAUAUGGAGCUCAGCCUCCUAUUGAACUUCUAAGACAGUUUUUUGACCAUGGAAACUGGUAUGACCUAAAAGAUACAAAUAAAAUCCUUCUAGUUGAUGUACAACUGGUGGCUGCCAUGGGUCCACCUGGUGGUGGAAGAAAUCCAGUCACACCUCGUUUUCUGAGACACUUCAAUAUUUGCACCAUUAAUGCCUUUAGUGAUGAAACAAUGGUCCGGAUUUUCUCUACUGUUGUAUCCUUCUACCUCAGAGCAAAUGAAUUUGUGCCAGAAUAUUUCACUGUUGGAAACCAAAUUGUCAGUGGCACAAUGGAGGUAUAUAAGAAGGCCAUGGACAACCUGUUGCCAACACCAGCCAAAUCUCAUUAUACAUUCAAUCUGCGUGACUUUUCACGAGUUAUUCUAGGCUGUCUGCUCAUUAAGAAGGAUUCUGUUUUAAACAAAAAUACAAUGGUUCGUCUCUUUGUGCAUGAAGUUUUCCGAGUAUUUUAUGACCGCCUUGUAGAUGACACUGAUAGAGCUUGGCUCUUCAAACUAAUGAAAGAGAUUGUGAAAGAACAUUUCAAAGAAGCAUUUGAUUCCGUUUUUACACAUCUGAGACAAGGGAAUGCACCUGUAACAGAAGAAGAUAUGAGAAAUCUGCUGUUUGGAGACUACAUGAAUCCUGAUCUUGAAGGAGAUGAAAGAAUGUACAUUGAAAUUCCAAAUGUACAAGCAUUCAGUGAUGUUGUAGAUCUGUGUCUGGAUGAAUAUAACCAAACUCACAAAACAAGAAUGAACCUAGUAGUUUUUAGGUAUGUGCUGGAACAUUUGUCUCGCAUAUGCCGUGUGCUGAAGCAGUCAGGAGGUAAUGCCUUACUUGUUGGAAUGGGCGGAAGUGGGCGACAGUCCUUGACUCGUUUGGCUACAUCCAUGGCAAAAAUGAAUAUUUUCCAACCAGAAAUUUCUAAGAGCUAUGGAAUGAAUGAGUGGAGGGAUGAUCUAAAGAACGUUUUCAGGAGUGCAGGCAUGAAGGGCUUGAAAACUGUAUUUCUAAUCACGGACACACAAAUUAAAGAAGAAGGAUUUUUGGAAGAUAUUGACAGUGUGCUUAAUACUGGAGAAGUCCCCAACCUUUUUGCAGCUGAUGAGAAACAAGAAGUUAUGGAGGGUGUUCGUGCAGUAGCACAGGCAGGCAGUAAGCAUGAAGAGCUCAGCCCCCUGGCAUUAUUUGCUUUCUUUGUGAACCGCUGCAAAGAUAACCUCCAUGUAGUAGUUGCUUUCAGUCCAAUUGGAGAUGCCUUCCGCAACCGACUAAGACAAUUUCCAUCUCUCAUCAAUUGCUGCACUAUUGACUGGUUCCAGCCAUGGCCUGAAGAUGCUCUUGAACGUGUGGCUAUUAAGUUCUUGGAAAAGCUUGAGCUCACUGAAAAUGAGCGUCAAGAAGUUGUUCCCAUCUGUAAACACUUCCAUACCUCUGUAUUGUCACUUUCUGAAAGGUUUUUGAAUGAAUUGGGGCGGCAUAACUAUGUUACACCUACUUCCUAUCUUGAACUUAUUGCUUCUUUCCAACAACUUUUGACUCAGAACCGUGAUGCUGUCAUGAAGGCCAAAAAAAGAUAUACUAACGGCUUAGACAAACUAGCUUUUGCUGAAUCGCAGGUUGGUGAAAUGAAAAAAGAACUGGUUGAUUUGCAACCUAAAUUGGAGCAAGCUAAGGUGGACAAUGCAACUAUGAUGAAGGUAAUUGAGAAAGAGUCUGCUGAAGUUGAAGCAAAAAGCAAAACUGUGAAAAUUGAUGAAGAACUUGCUACAGAAAAAGCAGCAGAAGCACAGGCACUGAAGAAUGAAUGUGAGAGUGACCUUGCAGAGGCAAUUCCAGCUCUAGAGGCUGCAUUAUCUGCACUUGACACUCUAAAGCCUUCAGAUAUUACAAUUGUGAAAUCAAUGAAGAAUCCACCUUCUGGUGUUAAACUCGUUAUGGCUGCCAUCUGUGUCAUGAAGGAUAUCAAACCUGAAAAAAUUGCAGAUCCUUCAGGAAUUGGAGGCAAGAUUUUAGACUACUGGGGGCCUAGCAAAAAACUUUUGGGUGACAUGAAUUUCCUAAGAGAUUUGAGAGAAUAUGACAAGGAUAACAUUCCAGUGUCUGUGAUGCAGAAGAUUCGUUCUGAAUAUCUGACUAAUCCAGAGUUUGAUCCACCUAAAGUGGCUAAAGCAUCCUCGGCAGCAGAAGGCUUGUGCAAAUGGAUUAUGGCAAUGGAGGUUUAUGACAGAGUAGCAAAGGUGGUUGCUCCUAAAAAAGCCCGAUUAGCAGAAGCACAACAAUCAUUAGCACAGACCAUGGCACUAUUAAAUCAGAAGAGAGCUGAACUUAAAGCUGUUGAAGAUCGUUUAGAAGCUUUGCAACAAACCUUUGUUGAGAAAACUGAAGAAAAAGCUCGUUUAGAAUUUCAGGUGGAUUUAUGUGCUAAAAAGCUAGAAAGAGCAGAAAAGUUGAUUGGAGGACUUGGUGGAGAAAAAUCAAGAUGGUCUAAUGCAGCAAAUGAUCUUCAGAAUACUUAUGAUAACUUGACAGGAGAUGUCUUGAUAUCAGCAGGAGUGAUAGCUUAUUUAGGUGCUUUCACUGCUGGCUUUCGACAAGAAUGCUCUAAAGACUGGACGAAACUUUGUAAGAUGAAAAACAUCCCUUGUUCUGAACACUUCUCUCUGAGUAAGACACUUGGUGAUCCCAUAAAAAUCAGAGCCUGGAAUAUUGCUGGACUUCCAACAGAUCAGUUCUCUAUAGACAAUGGUGUGAUUGUUGACAACUCUAGACGUUGGCCUUUAAUGAUUGAUCCCCAAGGUCAAGCAAAUAAAUGGAUUAAAAAUUCUGAGAAAGAGAACAGGCUGAGUGUCAUAAAGUUCACGGACACAGAUUACAUGAGAACUUUAGAAAAUUGUAUUCAGUUUGGAACUCCACUUCUGUUGGAAAAUGUUGGGGAAGAAAUAGAUCCUUCUCUGGAGCCUCUGCUGCUUAGACAAACAUUUAAACAAGGGGGCAUAGAUUGCAUUCGUCUUGGUGAAGUUGUUAUUGAAUAUUCUUACGAUUUCAAAUUUUAUAUUACCACCAAAUUAAGGAAUCCACACUAUUUGCCAGAACUAGCUACAAAGGUUUCUUUACUCAAUUUCAUGAUUACUCCAGAAGGUCUUGAAGAUCAACUUCUAGGUAUUGUUGUUGCAAAGGAGAGACCAGAAUUGGAAGAGGAAAGGAAUGCUCUCAUACUUCAGUCAGCUGCCAAUAAAAAGCAACUAAAAGAUAUAGAAAAUAAAAUUUUAGAGACAUUGCAGUCUUCUGAAGGAAACAUUUUAGAAGAUGAAAGUGCAAUUACGAUCUUGGACUCUGCCAAAAUAAUGUCUAAUGAAAUUACAAAGAAACAGCAGAUUGCAGAAAAAACUGAAAUUAAAAUAGCACAGUCUCGUGAAGGUUACAGACCUAUCGCAAAGCAUUCCUCUGUGUUGUUCUUUAGUAUUGCUGACCUGGCUAAUAUUGAUCCUAUGUAUCAGUAUUCUCUCAGCUGGUUUGUAAACCUUUACAUCAACUCCAUUCAUGACAGUAAUAAAUCGAAAAUCUUGGAAAAAAGGCUACGCUACCUAAAUGACCAUUUUACGUACAAUUUAUAUUGCAAUGUUUGCCGUUCUCUGUUUGAGAAAGAUAAGCUGCUGUUUUCAUUUUUACUGUGCUGUAAUCUCCUAAUGGCUAGGAAAGAAAUAGAACAUCAAGAAUUUAUGUUUUUGUUAACUGGAGGAGUUGGCCUCAAGAGCAAAUACAAGAAUCCAGAUCCAACUUGGCUACAAGAUAAAAGCUGGGAUGAAAUAUCUCGUGCAAGUGAUAUGCCUGCUUUUAAAGGACUAAGAAAUCAUAUAGCUGCACAACUCAGUGACUGGCGUAAGAUCUAUGACAGUAAAGAACCUCAGAAUACUCCCUUACCAAGUCCAUGGGAUACAAACUUGAAUGAAAUAAAGAAGAUGAUUGUUCUGCGAUGCCUGAGACCUGACAAGAUUACACCAGCUGUAACAACCUUUGUGACUGACAAACUUGGAAAGAAAUUUGUUGAGCCACCACCUUUUGAUCUAACAAAAAGCUACUUAGAUUCAAAUGCUACAAUCCCAUUAAUUUUUGUGCUAUCUCCUGGAGCAGAUCCGAUGGCCAGCCUUCUGAAAUUCGCAAAUGACAAAAAUAUGAUUGGAAACAAGUUUCAGUCUAUCUCUCUGGGGCAAGGACAGGGACCAAUAGCAGCAAAAAUGAUUAGAGAAGGAAUGGAGGAAGGGACCUGGGUUUGUUUACAAAACUGCCAUCUUGCUGUCUCCUGGAUGCCAAUGCUAGAGAAAAUAUGUGAAGAGUUUAACACUGAGACUUGUCAUCACACGUUCAGACUCUGGCUGACUAGUUAUCCAUCACCCAAGUUUCCAGUAACCAUUCUACAAAAUGGUGUAAAGAUGACAAAUGAGCCUCCUACAGGUCUUCGUUUAAACUUGCUUCAGUCUUAUCUCUCUGAUCCUGUUUGUGAUCCCGUGUUCUUCGCUGGGUGCCCUGGAAAGGAGCUGAGAUGGGAAAAGCUGCUCUUUGGAGUUUGCUUUUUUCAUGCCCUUGUUCAAGAGAGGAAAAAAUUUGGGCCUCUUGGAUGGAAUAUUCCAUAUGGAUUUAAUGAAUCCGACUUGCGUAUCAGUGUAAGACAACUGCAGUUGUUUAUAAAUGAAUAUGAACAUGUUCCAUUUGAAGCAAUAUCUUACCUUACGGGAGAGUGCAACUAUGGAGGAAGAGUAACAGAUGAUUGGGACAGGCGCCUACUAUUAACUAUGCUUGCUGACUUUUACAACCCAGAAAUAAUUGAGAAUCCUCGGUAUCCCUUUUCUCCUAGUGGUAACUACUAUGCUCCACCGAGGGGCUCCUAUGAUGACUACAUUGACUUUAUUAAGAAUCUCCCUAUUAGUCAGCAACCAGAAGUGUUUGGAUUGCAUGACAACGUAGAUAUAUCAAAAGAUCUCCAGCAAACAAAAAUACUCUUUGAAUCUCUGCUACUUACACAAGGAGGAAGUACACAAGGAGGAUCCUCCGGUGGUGGUGAUAGUGCAUUAUAUGAAAUUGCAGAUGACAUCCUUAGCAAGCUUCCAGGUGAUUAUGAUAUUGAAGCGGCACUCCUUAAGUAUCCUGUGAAAUAUGAGGAAAGCAUGAAUACUGUGCUGGUACAAGAAAUGGAGCGUUUUAACAAUUUAAUACGAACCAUACGUACAACUUUGGUGAAUUUAAAGAAAGCCAUUAAAGGAUUGGUUGUGAUGGAUUCUGAGUUGGAAGCCCUUUGUGCCAGUCUUCUUAUUGGAAAAGUUGCAGAGAACUGGGCUAAGCGUUCAUACCCAAGUUUGAAACCAUUGGGGAGUUAUAUCCUUGAUUUCCUGGCUAGGUUGAAAUUUUUACAGGAUUGGUAUGACUCUGGCAAGCCCUGUGUGUUUUGGCUGUCGGGUUUCUUUUUUACGCAAGCUUUUUUAACUGGAGCGAUGCAGAACUAUGCCCGGAAGUACACUAUCCCUAUUGAUCUACUGGGAUAUGAAUUUCAGGUUAUACCUAAGGACACUUCCAAUGUUACUCCAGAAGAUGGUGUUUAUAUCCAUGGAUUAUUCCUUGAUGGGGCUCGCUGGGAUAGAGCAAAGGGACUCCUAAGUGAACAACACCCUAAAAUACUCUUUGAUCUGAUGCCAAUUAUUUGGAUUAAACCUACAAAAAAAUCAGACAUAAAGAAAUCAAAUGCCUAUGUAUGUCCACUCUACAAGACAAGUGAGCGUAAAGGAACCCUUUCAACAACUGGACAUUCUACUAACUUUGUCAUUGCAUUAAUGCUAUUAACUGAUAAACCGGUCCAGCACUGGAUUAAGCGAGGGGUCGCUUUGCUUUGCCAACUGGAUGACUAAUUUUGUAGAACUCAAGAUCAAAUAUGAGAAGACUAUAACUUGUAUUUUUUCAAAUAUGCAUUCUUUCCUUAAGUUUCUUUAUGGACAUGUUUUGAUAAUUUGGACUUCUAAAUUAGUGAUAAUUUGAAUUAAUGAUUAAAUAGUCAUGUCUAUAUAAAAUAUUAAUGUAUUUUUACUCUUUUAAUAUGAAUGUUAUUUGUUAGUAUGCAGUAUGGCUUAAUGUAUAAUCAAACAUUCUGAAGUUGUUGAAGGAUAAUAUUCCUCCUGCUGUUUCUUUCGCUCAGCAUUUAAGAUACACAAUUAAUGGCUUGGACCUAGAUCUUGCCUUCUGUAAAUAGAAGGGAUUCAUUCAUCCUCAGAAAGCUUUUGAUCCAGUAGAGUAUUUCCUCUGGUGGAACAGGAGAAGUGACAGUGUUCACAUUCCUCCCUGCACUUUUCUGUGCCUCCCAAAAUACAAUCUGGAAGGUAUGGAAAGGGAGGGAAAGGGAUUUGGGAGGUAGCUUCAGGGGGAGUGGGGAGACUAGUAAAAACCCUCUCCAUCACCUGGUCCGCAGGCCAGAAACUCCUGAGCAUAACUCUGCUCAGAAAGUUCCUGCUACUGGGUACAAACUCUGGAUCCAACCCUGCAUUAUAACACAAUUUGAAACAGAAAUGUAUGACCCACUACAUUAUUAAAAUAAUUUUCAAUAAAGAAAGUAACAGUGGUUUAAGUGACAGGUAUAGACACUGUAUAGCCCAAACUAAGCACUUCUGAAUUCUAUUUGUUUUAAAUGUGCAGUUCGUUAGUUAAUUUAUUUAUUGACUUACUUAUUUUCUGCCAAAUUGGCCUGAGGGCCCUCCAAGCAGUUUAACAUUAGUGAAAACAAUUGUGCUUACAGAGCCUAACAAAUGCUCUGUAUUUGUUUUACUGUGAGUUCCGCUGUGUAACACAAACAGAAUUCUCAGGCUUCAUAUGAUUUUAAUCAAAUCUGGUAGUCUUUCAACAUUUUAUAUGGAAAAAGUUCUUUUUGAACUUUUUAUUGGCACAAUAUCUUCCAUACAUUAUGAUCAUAUCUGUUUCUGGAGAAAUGUUACUGUUCUUGCCUAGUUAAAGUUAGUCUUACUGACAUUUAUUUAAAUUAAUAGAAAUCCAUUGAAAUCAGUAGAACUUACGUCUGUUGAAAUUUUAUCUGGACUAAAAAACAACAGAGUGCAAGAUCUGAUAUUUCUGAGAUCAUACUGUAGAAAGUGCUGUUGUGAUAGCAUAAAUAGUUCAGUGUUCUCACUACAUACAGCAUAAUUCACAUGGAAGUUUUACUGCACAAACAGAAAUUGAGAAGCAUCUCAUAGGGACUGAUUAGUGUGCAUGACUUGGAAUGUUAGGCACAUGACCUAUGCUUGUGUAACAGGCCCUAUCAUGGCCAAAAUACCUUUAGGCAAGAUAAUCCCUCCAGUUGUGCUCAAUAUCCUAGAAGAUGGUCACCAGCUAUGAGCACAAUCAGUGCUUUGUCACCAGUUGGUAACUUGAGGCACUGGGAGAAACUGAAGUUAGAAGAAUUGUGAAGAUAAUUUAGCUAAGUAUUGUUCCUCUGAAAAGGGUUGGUAAAACAAUGAAGAGGGUUUUUUAAGGUAAAGGAUGAUAGCAUGACGUAGCAUUAUCCUAGCACAGAGUUGUUUAUGCCCACUCAAGUACAGAUCCUUGGAAAAAUGGAUACAUAAGUUAGCACAUUAACUUUCUUUUUCAAAAUUAAUGCUGGAUUUGGUUAUUGCAAUGCAAUCCAAUCAAUGUUUAUUUAAGUAGUACUGAUUUCAAUAAGAACUAAGGAUAUUCUUAUCCCUUUUCCAUUAAAAAUCAGUCAGACUUAAAAUAUUUUAAAUUGUCCAUUUCCCAAGUUUAUAAAAGGUAGACAAAUUUGUUGACUACUUUUGUUGUCCAAUACAAAAUAGCUUCUCAAAAUAGCUUCUGUUUUGUUGUCCGAUACAAAAUAGCUUCUCAACUUUAAAUAUGUUAUCUGUUGAGAGCUGCUUUGAUUUCAUGUCCAUGCAGUUAGGAUUUUUCUGAGCAAGUACCAUUCAUAAAUCUAUUUUCUCUCCCUUAAUUGUAGCUGGAAUAUUAUGAUUAAAAUGUCUGGCCUUUUGAUCUUUUUUGACUGAGGCUCAUACCUCUGAAUACUGUUAAGAAACUUGUGGGCAAGACAGCGUGUCUUAUGGUCAGAUAUUUAUAGUAAGUUAUUAAUGGAUAUGGACUAUGCAAGAAGCAAAAGAUCAUUUUUCAAUACAUCAAACGUCAUACUUAGUUUUCACUUGCUUAGAGUGUGAGUUCUUCUCUGUUUCAAAUAUAGAAGAAAGGUGAGGAGAAUGUAUACUGUUGUCUUUUAACAUAAUUUCUGUAAAGGUUUAACUUUGUAAGCUGUUCCCAAAAGCAAGAAUAAAAAUGUUAAAAGUA